CUCCCACUGGAGUUUUGUAUUGGUCCUCCCUCCUUAAGUGUACGAAGCUCCAGCUGUAAGGAAAGAAGACCACUUGUUGUCGGUUGUGACAACCACGGAAACCUGAAGUUUGUGAUUUAUUUGGAGUGUGGUGAUUAAUUAAAGGCACAGAUAUCCAAGAGCACAUCCAAUGAUUGAGAGAGAGCGCAUUAACGAGACCUGUAUCCGUCGCAACGGUUUGGGAACCCUGCAUCAGACCUAUAAGUGGCUCCAUAUGACCCCAGAGCUGCACGAUCAUCUUGUUGAAUUGGAAUGCACAGACUGUAGAGGUUUCAAGCAGUAAAUGGGCUUUUCCUAUAAACUCCUCUGCACUCUCCCCUUUCGUAUAUACUGGCUUAGCUAACCUCGGUGGGCUAGCAAUGAUUUGCAUGUUUUACUAAUUCCUUGAAGCCUAGGGGUCAUUUCUGCUCCAUUCUCAAGAAAAAGUGGAAAUUUACAUGACUGGCAAUCGAAAUUUGUAAGCCAUAUAAUUGUUUUGGAAGGAUUCUGCCAUCCCUCAGAACGGCUUGAACCUCAAAUUGUAAAAUUGAUUGGUUUGAAAUUAACCGUAAAGAUGAUGUCCCUGAGAAAUGUUGCCAAGUUUGCCCAACAGUGUGGGUAUCGCCCAUCACGGUCUCUACUGGGCUCCUCUCAAGGAGCAGCAGAGUUGUGUGGGGCACGCCUUGCCAGUACUGGCGUAGACUCUGCCAAGGCUCCGAAAGGGGCAAAACCUAACGCCACCGAUAAACCCGUCAAGAGGGUCGUCUUCAUAUCCCAGUCCACCGACGUGUACGCCAAUCUCGCCUUCGAGGACUGGCUGUACCGGAACUGGACUUUCGACAGGCGGCAGAUCCUCUUCCUGUGGCGAAACUCUCCUUGCGUGGUGAUUGGCCGUCACCAGAACCCGUACGUGGAGGCCAAUUUGCCAUACUUGGAGAGUGCCAGGGUUCCCGUGGUCAGGAGGAACAGCGGCGGAGGCACGGUCUACCAUGACGAGGGAAACCUCAACAUGACGUUCUUCACUGAGAGGAACAGGUACAACCGCAAGGAGAACCUCGAGGUGAUUUGCCGAGCUCUUCAGGAGGACUUCGGCAUCGACGCCCAGGCCAACGAACGUGAUGAUGUCAUCGUUAAUGACAUGUACAAGGUGUCAGGAUCUGCAGCCAAACUAGGACGGACUGCAGCUUACCACCACUGCACACUGCUUGUUAGAUCAGAUAAAACCCAGCUGAAACUUGCUCUUCAGGGAGAUAAGAGUAUUGCAAGCAAGGCUACUGCAAGUGUUCCAGCACCUGUAAUUAAUCUCAAUGAAGUAACUUCAGAAAUAACUGUUGAGGAGCUCAUUAAAAGCAUUGGCCAAAAGUAUCUUGAGACAACAGGGAAAGAUGACCAGCUGAUGGCAAAACAGAAUUUCCAAAGGUCAAAUGGCUACACACUUGUCAACCCAACAGAUGAUUGGUUCCCAGGUUUGGCAAAGUUGAAAGAGGAACUAGCAUCUGAGGAAUGGCUUUAUAACAAGACCCCUCGGUUUACCAUAACAAGACCAGUUACCCUUCCUGAAUGUAUUGCACAUAAUACAACUGUCAAUGUAACAGUCCAGGCAUACCAUGGCAUUGUUGAGGACAUGAAGGUUUCAAGUUCAGGACUUUGCCCUGAAGUUGUUGAACUGAUCAAAGACAUUGGCACAGCUAUCAAGGGCACUCAGUUUAACAAUGACUUCUUCCAUAAUCUGGUCAACCGCAUGCGACUCCCUCCACCUCUUCGCACACACCGGUCUGUGGUUUGAAGUGAUUUAGGAUACUAAGCUUCCGUGAAACUUGUUUGCUUCUUAUGGUGGCUGGGUCAUAUUGUGAAGGUUUCCUUAUGUAAUCUUAUAUUUUAGGACUAUGAUAAUGACUUGUAUAUUAACAGGUAAUAGGGAUCACUGGAGAAUACAAAAAUAAAUUUUGAUAAUCUGUUGCUGGAGUAAUAUAUUCCACAUUUUAGGAGGAAAUUGUUAAUGGAAAGGAAUGGAUAUAUCCCUAGGCAGUUAUUAGUUUUUAACACAAAAAUAGGAAAAAAACUUCAAGCUGUUAGGCUCUAAGUUUAAUGAUACAAGAGUAAUUUUUAAGAGAUUCCUUAAUGAAAAUGAGACCUGUUCUAAGGUCCUGUAUUCUUAUCUUCAUACUAAACUUUGUACUUCUUACCUCUUUGUAAGACAUUUAAUAUUUGUUAAUGAUUUAUAAAAGUACAUUCAGAGGUUU